UCCCAAAAUAACUUUCUUUCUAUAAUAGAACCUAACACAAAAAUAUGAAAGUAGCAACCCCAAUAAACCUCGUAACUUAAAUACCUGACCACUAAAACCAAUAAUCGACCUAUAACAUAACACUACAAAGUUCUACCUACAAAGCAACUAUGAGCGAGAUAGAAGUCAAUUCUUCAACUGCAAUGAAAACAGCUGGUGAUAGAAACAUGGAUGAAAUUCUAGAUGAAGGAGGCAGUAGCUAUAAUACUUUGCAGGGGACUCACAUGAUUUGGGAAAGUGCCAUAUCCAAAUUGGAAGAAAAUUUAACUAUGACAUUUUCUGAGCAGGAAUAUCACAGUUGUUCCAUAUACAAUAGGCUAUCAAGGAAAUGCAACUGUAUGAACCGCACUGAAUACAACGAUUUAAUGAUUCACUUUAACGAAGGUUCCAAAUACGAGUUGCGGAGCGAUGGCGAAGUUGUUAAAAACAUUCGCAUCUUGAAGAGGUUUCUGUACAUGGGAGGCAGUUAUUGCAAAAAUGCCUUGAUGUUCUUAGAGGAGGGUUUGCAAAGCUCAUCUCAAGACGAGUUAAAGGAAAUAAUAGAUGGGUGCAUCCGCGCAGACGUAUGCAAUGUGUUCGAAGGAACGUCCCUGGCAAUGCAAUGCAUCUCUUUACCAUGCAAAUACGCAGUUUACGGCGAUAACAAUACUCAGGCUUUAGCAGCUAUGGUUCUUUUCAAAAUAGCAGAAAUAGAAGGAGGCAGACAAUAUCUAAAUGCAAACACAAAAAUCACAUCUGACUUAAGAAAAAUCAUAAGAAAGCUGGAUACUGUGUUAGAAGCUAACACCCUUUUAAUUCUGAAUGCAACAUAUAAUUUGCUCUGUCCCCUGUCAAAUGCAAACCCAACUAUUGUAUCUUUCACCUGCAAAAUUCAUGAAGAUACAGAUACAAAGUUUUCUAAUAAAGAAACUGAAACUAAAACAGACAUCCCAAAUGAAAGUUUAAAUAGUUAUAUACCUUUAAAGAAACGAGAAAAAAUUAUACCACGCUAUACAGAGUAGAGAUACUUUGAAAAAUUACAAACAAUAAAAGUCAAAACUGUGAUACAAAAA